AUCCACUUAUACUGAAGUCUUGAUAGAACGGCAAAAAACGGCGUGAUGAGUUCUCUUUUUUUUCCCUUCCCCGUCUAUUCGUGCAACGGGACGGAGUUUUUUACUAUGUUCUCUCGGAGAGAGAUAGUGAGAGCAUGGAGGAGGGCCCUGAGGAAAUCGGCGUAGAUCCUCAUUCCUACAGAUUGGUUCUCUCUUGCCCUACGGGGCUCUCCAGAUCCCAGGUCUUUGUGGAUUUCAGUGCUGCUUAUGAUAGGGUGCCCAGUCCAAAUUUGGAGUUGGAGGAAUCUAUAUCUAAGAUAUGGGAUGAAAGAAUUCAGAAGAAUCCAUUGUUAUAUAAUGGGAAGAAAUUUAGGUUUCUAAAUUUGCAGUAUGCUGGUUAUAAGUUUUGCCCUGCAGAAGAUGGUGCAAAUAAAGAGCCCAGUGUCUGUCUUCAGCUUGGUCUGACGGACUACAGGACAUUUGCAGGCACAAAUUUAAGCCCUUUUUGGAUGAAAUUUAUUGUUCAUUCUGAAGAUGAUUCAACACAAUGCCAGCAUACAUCAAGUCCAUUGGGAAAUGGUGCAAUUGUAGAGACAUCUGAUGGAAAGAUUCUUGUGUUGCAAAGGAGCUGUAAUGUAGGUGAAUUCCCUGGAUAUUUUGUCUUCCCAGGUGGGCAUCCAGAGCCACAGGAAAUUGGAAUAUCAGGCCAUGAGGACAACAAAGCACCAACUGAAGUACGUGUCCUACAAGAAAGAAUCUCUCAGGAGAUGUUUGAGGGUAUCAUCCGGGAAGUAGUUGAAGAAAUUGGAGUUCCAGCAUCUGCUCUUUCUGAUCCUCUCUUCAUUGGCAUCUCUCGGAGAGAGUUGAACGUGCGCCCUACUGCUUUCUUCUAUAUCAAAUGUAGCAUGGAGUCUGAGGAAGUAGAUCGACUUUACCAUACUGCCCAAGAUGGCUAUGAAUCGACACAGUUAUGCAUAGCUUUGAAGAAUGAUUUGGAGAAGCUAGCUUUGAGAAUGCCAGGCUGCCAUCAUGGAGGAUUCACAUUGUACCAACUGAUGAUUGAAGCUCUAGAGACGUCAUCAUCAUAAAGGCAGUUAUAGAACUGCAUUUGAUCAUGAUUCUCAUCUUCAAUUUUUCAGCCUGCAAGUUAGGAUGGACAGUAGUAUACCAGAUUAUGUUUAGAGGCCUACUCAGGAUUGAAGUCUUGAUCUCCUUCAACAUGAAGGUCUCAUCUUAUGCCAACACCUUAGCAAGAGGAUGCCACUUCCGUUGGCCAGUUUCAAGUUUCAUUCCAUUAGGUCAUGGUGUACAAUUACCAUGCUUAGUCAAUGCAUAAUUUGUCCGUGAAUUGUAAGCCUUUCAAUCUGAUGUGACACAAUAAUUUUGUAUGUCAUUUACCUAUUUAAAGUUUGAGGAUAGGUCGAGGGCGGUGCGCACCCGUGCCUCUAAUCAUUAAUUAUGUAUGUAAUCUAGCUAGCAAUAAUUUCCAUUGCUUGCUUUCUAUGCUUCUGGGGAAUGAGAACUUCUGUCCACAGUUCUAGUGGCUAAA